CGAUGUCCGGUGUCGCUGGAGAGGGGGGUAUGAAAGGCCAGAGGACUGAGAUUGCUCGCUCUCAUUACCGUUGUCCUUCUCCACUUGCGAGUCAAGUGUUUUGUGUCGGUGUCGCACACUAAUUAGUUAUACGAAGAAGUCGGCAAUUGUAUUUAUAUACUACCCUUCGAUCUCAUGGCAGUACAGCUACAGAGCCGGCUCAAAAAUCAGUUGGCGUCGUUGAGCAAUUCCAGAGGAGGGAACAUCCCACUUGAUGAAGCUGUCCACGCUGCGCUACCCCAGGGCACCAUAGUUGAGUCGGUAAGUAGCUACGGGGACUCGGCCUGGUCUUUCACGGCGAAGGUCAAUGCGGCGGACAGGGAUGGCCGGCCAAUUCCAUUGUUUCUCAAGUAUGUGGCUGGUGACUUGGGCAAUCAGCAGCUCGAAGGGGAGUUCACCGGGAUGACGGAGCUUCACAAACUUGCCCCAGAUCUUGUCCCUCGCCCGAUUGCCUGGGGCGAGCUGAAGAGUCUGGUGCCCACGACCUAUUUCUUGCUGAUCGAGUUCAAAAACUUCGUGGCGGGACUACCCGAUCCGGCCAGGCUCGGUGCUAGGCUUGCUGAAAUGCACCAGAAAAGCGUCUCACCAACCGGCAUGUUCGGCUUCCAGGUCCAAACAUUUGAUGGUGCUCGCCUCCAAUCGGUGGCUUGGGAUCCAAGCUGGACGUCGUUCUUCUCCAAGCUCCUCGCCGAAGCCUAUCGCCAAGAUACAGAGACCAACGGCGUGUGGCCAGAGCUUCAGCUGAUUUACGAGCGAGUCCAGUCACACCUGAUCCCAAGGCUGAUUGGGGCAUUGGAAGCUGAAGGGAGAUCCGUAAAGCCAUGUCUGAUCCACGGUGAUUUAUGGGAGGGCAACGUUGGCAAUGAUGGUGACACCGGGGACCCCUGGAUCUUCGACUGUGCUGCUUACUACGCCCACAACGAAAUGGAGCUGGGAAUCUGGAGAGCUGAUAGGCACAGGUUAAAGGCCAAGGCCUAUCGCGCCGAGUACCUCAGGAACUUCGAAGCCAGCGAGCCUGAGGAGGAGUGGGACGACAGGAACAGGCUCUACAGUGCCAAGACAAACUUUAUGCAUUCUGCUUGCUAUGCCGGGUCGCCGGCACGCCAAUUCGCAUUUGACGACAUGGUGUACUUGGUCCAGAAGUACGUACCAUGGGAUGAGGACUCUCCAGAGUGGCAGGAGAUAUCACAAAGAGGGGAUUCGAGAGGCAUGGACAAGCCACCAAAUGUAACUAGCUUACAACAAGAGAUCGUUGGCGGAGAGUUUCAGUAAUUUAUCUGUUGUUGGAAGUUCCGGAACACUCACUUCUGUCCUCGGGAGCUGUAAUUAAUCUCCUGCCCAAGGCCACC